UUUCCAUCGGGGCAUAUAAAUCUCUUGGGAUAGCCCCCCCCUAUCCCACCAUUCUCCUCAAGACAACCAUCCACGGGCAAUACUACAGGGCCAAGUCCUUCUCGAACCGAGCCAUCCGAAGUCACACGUAAAAGACGCCAGGCGCUAUGGAUAACCACUCGUACAACUACCCCUCGGAUUGCACCCCGCUCACCAAGUCGGCCCGCAAGCCGGCCGGCUCCACGGUGGUGAACAUGGGUGGUGCGGAGGGCAAGUGUGCGCCACGGGACUACCUGGUGUGGUCGCUGUGCAACACCCUCUACGUCAACUUCUGCUGCCUGGGCUUCAUGGCACUCAUCUACUCCAUCAAGGCCAGAGACCAGAAGACCCAGGGCAACCUGCAGCUGGCCCAGGAGUGCUCAGACAAGGCCAAGUGGUACAACAUCCUGGCUGCGGGCUGGAACAUGCUGGUCCCCCUGCUGGCCGUGGUGCUGCUGGUGCUCCUCCUGGUGCACCUGGGAACCUCCCAGGGCUCCUUCGACUUCUUCGGGGAGGACGGCUUCAAGAGCUUCAUGAAGCUCUUCAGCUGGUAGACCAGAGCCGGAGCCGGAGAGAGAGAGAGGCUGGGCAGAGGCCUAGAGA